AUGUUAUUCCCUUAUAUCACCUUCUUCUUUCUAGUGCUAGGAAUUUGUAGAUCAUCAGACACCAUAGCGGUGCAUCAAAACAUCACAGAUGCUCAAAACAUUGUUUUAGGGAACGCAAAAUUUGAGCUAGGUUUCUUUAGCCCGGGCAGUUCCAAAAAUCGGUACCUGGGGAUAUGGUAUAAGAACACUUCACCACAAACGAUUGCAUGGGUUGCAAACCGGGAAACCCCACUUACAGACACCUCAGGUACCGUCAAACUGGAUAGCCAAGGGAACCUGGCUCUUGUUAAUGGUAGCGGCAAAAUCAUUUGGUCAUCCAACUCCUCGACAUCUGGUACAAAUAUCAAUCCUGUAGCACAACUUUUGGAUACAGGAAAUCUGGUAAUUAAAAUCGGAAAUAAAACCAACAAUGAUACUGUUAUUUGGCAAAGUUUUGAUUACCCUGGAGAUACCAGCUUACCAGGAAUGAAGCUGGGCAAGAACUUCAUAACUGGAAGAGAAACUUAUCUGUCCUCGUGGAGGAGUACAGAUGAUCCUUCCCCAGGUGAUUAUACAUUAAAGCUUUUAGCAAUUAAGGGUAAAUAUCAACAAGUAUAUAUUAGGAAAAGCGCUGCUAUUGAAACAAGGCUUGGGCCCUAUAAUGGCAUAUCAUUUUCUGGCCGGGAAAACUAUGCAACUGAUGCUAAUCCGGCGACCGCUUCUAUCGUGAUUGUGAAUCAGAACGAGACGUAUAUCGCUUAUAAUUCAAAAAGUAACACCACUACAUUAAGAACAGUAUUGACUCCUGAUGGUAAGCUUGAGAUCUUGCAGCGAAAACUACCAAACCCGGAAUGGAUUCUAAUUGCCACCUUACCAGUAGAUUAUUGUGACAUAUAUGGGGUAUGUGGCCCAUAUGGGAUCUGUAAUACCGCCACUUCUCCUAAUUGUGGGUGCUUGAAAGGAUUUGAACGCGAAUCCUUAGAUGAAACGACUUCUGAGAAUGAUUCAAGUGUUUGUACACGAAGCACAGCCUUGGAUUGUGGGCCUGGAGAGAGAUUUCAAAAGUUUUCAAGCAUGAAAUUACCAGACACUCAGAAUGCUGUCUAUAGUAGCAACAUGAGCCUACUAGAUUGCGAGGCAGCUUGCAAGAAUAAUUGCUCGUGCACCGCCUAUGCAAAUCCAAACAUCACUCCAGGUGGACUUGGGUGCUUGCUAUGGUUUGGGGAUUUGAUCGAUGUUCGAGUGUUCCCACUAAACGGACAAGAUCUAUAUAUUAGACUUGCGGCCUCAGAAUUCAGGCAAGCCAAUUUUAUAUUUGUUCCAUUCCAGUCUAUUAACAAUGUUUUUACAGCAUAUUGGUUUAUCAAUACAUGUUUGUAUUGGAUAAAUAUGAUCUAUAAACUAAAAUAA